AUGGAGGAAGCGGAGUACGAGUCGGUUCUCUGUGUGAAGCCAGAUGUCCACGUCUACCGCAUCCCGCCGCGGGCCACCAACCGUGGUUACAGGGCUGCGGAGUGGCAGCUGGACCAGCCAUCAUGGAGUGGCCGGCUGCGGAUCACUGCAAAAGGCCAGGUGGCCUACAUCAAGCUGGAGGACAGGACCUCAGGGGAGCUCUUUGCUCAGGCCCCAGUGGAUCAGUUUCCUGGCACAGCUGUGGAGAGCGUGACAGAUUCCAGCAGGUACUUCGUUAUCCGCAUUGAGGAUGGAAAUGGGCGACGGGCAUUUAUUGGAAUUGGCUUCGGGGACCGAGGUGACGCCUUUGACUUCAAUGUUGCCUUGCAGGACCAUUUCAAGUGGGUGAAACAACAGUGUGAAUUUGCAAAACAAGCCCAAAACCCAGAUCAAGGUCCCAAAUUGGACCUAAGUUUCAAGGAGGGCCAGACCAUCAAGCUCAACAUUGCGAGCAUGAAGAAGAAGGAAGGCGCAGCUGGGACGCCCCGCGCCCGGCCCACCAGCACGGGAGGACUGAGCCUGCUUCCCCCUCCCCCAGGGGCAAGAACUGCUGCCCUGGCCCCUCUCCCUGGGGAGCAUUUGUCUGUGGGGGGCUCUGUUGUCCAGCCAGCAGUUUCUCCCAGCUCAGGAGGUGCCACUGUGUCCUGGCCACAGCCCAAGCCUGCCACCACUGCCACCGCCGACGUCUGGGGAGACUUCACCAAAUCCACAGGGUCGACCUCCAGCCAGACUCAGCCAGGCGCAGGCUGGGUCCAAUUCUGA